GAAGUGAAAAACCGGGAGUCAACAAUUGCAUGUCACGGCAAAGGGCAUCGAUCGCAACAACAGCCGGGACCGAACCGAACCGGCUCCGUUCGCCGUCACAGAACACCACACGCUGCCUCUUGCCCGCACCGUCCAGCCCCGCGACGAUUCCGAUAGAGAGAGAGAGACAUCCUUCCUGCCAUGGCGGCCGUCCCCGACGCAGAAGCAAUGGCGCGCGAGCGGAGGAAGGAGUCCUUCGAGUACACGAGGGUCUUCCUGCUCGGAAAGCGCAUCAAGUGCACCCUUACGGACGGACGAACGCUCACCGGGACCUUCAUCUGCAUCGACCGGCUGUAAGUAGCGGCGACGACGACGACAACGCGUUGCGGUGCGGUGCGGUGCGGCUCUGUUUGUCGUGUCGUUCUUGCGGUGGCCAUGCUCUUGUGCGUUUCGCAGUUUGAUGCCUUCCCCCGUGUUCUCUUUUGUUUCGUUGUCGUGUGGCAGGCCUCGACCGGAAGCAAGGGAGGUCGAAAGCGCAUUGCACGAGCCUUUGAAAUUGCGUUCCUUCCGAUGGAUCGGAUCGGAUCGUAUGAUCCCAUUCGCUUGUUUUGUUUCGAUGACGCCUCACACCUUCCUCCCUGCGUCGCAUACGCACUGGUUCCGAUCCGUGGUUCUUCUUCGGGCGAAACGCACAUCCAUCCUCUGCACAACGAAACGAAACGCAACGCAACGAAACGCGACACGAACUGCGCGUGGCCCCCCGCAGAAAAAACCUGAUCCUGACCGACGUCCUCGAGGAGCGAUCCAUCGACCCCUCGGACUACAAGCACCGGGUCGGGUCGUCCGAGCCGAGCACCGAGCCCCCCACGGCCCGCUGCUUCCGGCGGGUCGAGCGCAAGAUCUCCCAGGCCAUGGUCCCCGGCGAGCGGCUGGUGCGGGUCGAGCUGCUCCCCGGGUAGGCAGCUACGGCAGCGUCGUGCCGCCGGCCGCGGUGCUCGCAAACGACGGACGCACCGGUGAUGAUGGGGGGGGGAGACGAAACGGGCGGGACGCAGCGCGGUGCAGCGUUGUGCGACGAAUGGCAUGCAACGCAAUGCGAUGCAACGCAAGGCAUGCGCGAGAAGCAAUCCAGAGCGCCGCCGUGUACUGUAUAAAUAAAUAUCACAGAA